AUUUAACUUCCGCGUUCCAAGUUGAUCUAUUGUUUGUAGCAACGUAAUGUAAACAUUCGACAGAUAACGUUUGGAUCGGAACAAUAUAUUACAUAUAUUAUGGCUGACAUAAACAUUAUAUUUAGUUAAUCAGUUUAAAACCCUGACUUGUUUCAUUGAAGUAUCUAAAAUUGUGAUAUCGCUUAAUAUUGACUUCGUGAUUUCAAUAUAUAUAUACACGUAUAUAUGUUAUAUCUAAAAAGGGAAGACAUAAUCAUUACACAAAAUGGCGGAUAGUGGAAGUAAAAUAGGAGAGGAUGAUGAAGUUCCUGGUCGUGUGAUGGAAAAUUUGUGUCAACCAUGUUUAAGUAAGGAUAAGGAAACUGUAGCUGACAAGUUUUGUUCAACUUGUAAUGAAUUCCAAUGUAAUGAUUGUUCAAAUGUACACAACGUGCUUGCCAUCUUAAAAAAUCAUAAAUUGAUGAGCGUGAAAGAAGCUGAUGUUGCAAGUUUUUCGUUUAAAAUGAAGGCCUUAGAUCUAUGUGACCAACAUCAACAUUCUUUUGAAUUCUUCUGUGAAGACGAAAAGAAGCUAUGCUGCAGUAAAUGUGCUAUUGUUAAUCAUCGAAAAUGUCACAGCGUUGUAGAAAUUGAGAAGAUCGCUGGAAAAAUAACCUCACAAAUUUCUACCUUAGGGGAGAAAUUGAAGGAAGCUAAACAAUCUGCUGAGAGUAUUGCGAGACAUAUUCGCUCUUCAAAAGAUCAACUUGCUCAAGAUAUAAAAGAAAUACAAGAAGAGGUAAGGCGAAUGCGAGACGAAGUAAUGAGAAUGUUUGACGAUUUAGAAGAUUCUGUCGUCAAGAGAGCAAAAACGCUUCGGAAAGAAACAUCAACAAAUCUGACAAAGAAACAAACACAAAACGAGAAACAUUUGGCUGAUGUAACAUCGUAUUUAGAGACGAUUGAAAGAAUUUUCAAAAAUGGAACUCCAGUACAGAAAUAUAUAGCAGAACAGAAAAUGGAGAGUAACGUUAAUGCUCUCUACAAAACCAUCAAGGAGGAAUGUCAAAACUUAGAGAAGGUGAACAUUUCUUUUCAAUUUGACGAAACAUUAAAACUGCCACCUUUACCAAUUACUGAAUAUGUUCCAGGACAAUUACUAUUAAAGUCUAUUCGCCAGGGAGAUGUUUAUUCUGUUAACAUGGUGAUGAAGUUAACACCAGUUUCUUCUAUUGAUUUGAAGAAGACGGGAGAUGAUAUCGAUGAACCGUUCUAUACAGGCAUAGAUUUUCUACCUGAUGGUAGACUUGUGGCUGUGGAUAACCGAAACAAGAAAUGUUUAGUGUACAAUGAGAAGCUUGAGAAAGUAGGAUCAUAUCAGCUAUCUUACAGACCAUUUUCUGUUGUUGUAGUAUCUGAGGAGGAAGUAGCGAUAACAAAUGGUGAUGGAUACAAUAUAGAAUUUCUACAUGUUAGUAAAUGCAAUGAAAUAAGUUCAAGUAGGACAUGUGAAGUGAAAACGAAAUAUUACUCUAUAUGUUUGAAAGAUGAUAGACAGUUUGUAGUAGGGACUAUUGAUGAACCAAGACCUGUACGCAUUGUAUCAUUGACAGGAGAGGAGCAUGACUUUAGUAUUAACUUUCCAAACAAAUCAUAUCCUAUAGACACUAGCGAUUGUACUUACAUAAAGAGCAGCGACAAAGUGGUGAUAACAAGCACAGACGAGCAUACAGUCUUCAUAUAUGACAUCAAGACAAACGAAAGAGUGGUGGUGAAGGAUGAUCAGAUACAGGAACCACGUGGUGCAGCAGUUGGACCUUCUGAUACUAUCCUGGUGUGUAGUAUGAAAACAAACUCCAUUGUACAGAUAACCAAAACAUGUCAAAUUUUAUCAUCGUACAAGAUAGAUAUGGAGUAUCCAUUUAAAGUAUGUGUCUCGCGUGAUAAAUCAUUUCUUGUUGUUGCAAAUAGCUAUAUUGGAAAUAGGAAAAUGCAGAAAUUCAAAAUAUCAACAUAACAGCACUAUUCUCUGUUUCACAUAAAAGAUUCACACGCACACGCACGCGCACGCACACGCACGCACGCACACACACACACACACCAACACAAACACACACACAAAGUAAUUAAAAAAAACAACAAGAAUUUAUUUGUGACAUUUGAUGGAUGAAUCAUUGAAUUAUACUUAUGGUCUAUUACCAAUGUAGCUGCUUAUAACGAAAAAAGACAUUGUAAUAUAUAUAGAAUGCAACAAUAUUCUGGGGAAAAUGUGUGCUCUUCAAAAUGAAGUCAAUGUAUGCUUUGACAGAUAGAUUAAGGAGUAAACAAUUCAAUAUUAAUAAUUUCAAUAAAUAUUCAAUUGAUAUACUUCUUUUAUUUUAAGCAGACGAGCAAUAAACUUGAAAUUCAUCAAUUAAUCGACAGAUUUAACAUUUCGUGUACAGACUCAAACCGAGUCUGCCAUUUUUGUGCAAUACUAUUGUGAUUAAUGUUUCUAAAGGAUCACUCUUUCUCUAAAUUUUUUAUUUAGCACGGCUUAUAUGUAAAGUGGUUGCGUUCUGUACCAUCGUUAUCUUAUGUUUUUAAUCACCACAUUAUGUUGACUGUAUAAUUAAGCAGGUCAAUUAUAAUAACGAUAAAGUUUACAUCAGUUUUUUUGGCUUCAGUUGACUUUUCUUCAUAAUAUAAUAUACAUGUAUAUGUAUAGAAUUAUUGUUAACGAUUACAUGAAAGUUAUGUUAUAAAAUGUAUAUAUUUUACCGUGUCCUUUAUUAUACCUAAUAUCAUGCUCUUCAGGAUGAAUAGAUAUAACUAAUUGGAGUUAUAGUAUGUGUGUUUAAUUAUAUUGCUUUAUCUGAAUAUCAUAUACAUGUAAAUUCCUCCCUUUUAGAAAUUUUUUUUAAUACGGCUUAUAUAUAUAUACUCAGUUGACUUUUCUAUUAUAAGACAUAUCAUAAUAUAAAAAAUAAAGUAGAUAUGUAUAGAAUUAUUGUUAACGAUUGUACAUGAAAGUUAUGUAAGAAAAUGUAUAUAAUUUAUUGUGUAUUAUCAUAUACAAUGUACCUACUAUCAUGCUCAUCAGGAUGAAUAAAUAUAACUAACCGGAGUUACAGUAUUUGAGUUUUAUAUUCUAAUUGCAUUGCCUUACCUAAAUAUCAUACAUUACCGUGCAAGAAUUAAUGAUCUCGAAUUCACGAUUUCAACAACACGAAUUUAUGAUUUCAACUUGAAGAAAUUAACUUAACAAUUUUACGUUUUGAGUUUCACAAUAUCAACUUGACAAAUUCGUGAUUUCAACUUCAAGAAUUCUUGAUAAAAAAUUCAUAAUUUUGUAAUUAUAGUGAAUUCAUGAAAGUUAAAGCAGCACGCCUCCAUAUUCAUGCUAAUUUUCAUUAAAAUUUUGAAAAUGUAUUUGAAUGUGUAAUAUUGUGAAGGGACCAAAGGAAGCAAUUUACACAUUAUCAAUGGCACUUACAAACCACAUUAAUUACCAAAAAGUGGUCAAAAUAUGCAUAAAAAACCUUUACUGCGUUAGUAACGGAGUAGUUAUAAAUACUGAAAAAUCCAUCAUUAAUCACACAUUAUAUUUAAAAUAUUACUUGAAUCUUGAAACUUUUUACUUUUCCUUUCAUCUUAGUUCAUUUUUCUCAAGUUUGACUUCAUUGAAAUAUUUUGACUCAUCUGGAGGCAUGUAGCUUUAAAAUCUUAAAUUGAGUGGCUAUGCAAAUAUCAGACAAAAUAUAAAAUGCCAGACAUUUCAUAGAAUAUAAAUGGCAAACGAUUUAAUGACAUACAAUUAACAGAAAUUUUAUGGUAUAUAAAUGGGUGACAUUUGGCUAAAAGUUAUACUCAUGUCAUGUUAUAUAACAUGUGAGCAAGGCCCAGGGUAAAUCGUAAAAUAAAUGUUUCUCAAUAGUUCGUUGGGCCAGGUUCCAAUCCGGUCUAUUUAUUCACUGUACAAUCGUUUAUGUCUCUUUAUAUACGCCCCAAUAAUGCCUAUGGAAAAAUGCUAUGUCUAGACGCAAUACAUAUACAAUAGGCUCCUUAUUAUAUAGGCCUCAUAACCUCUGACCACCUUCUAGUACCGAUCAUAGUUUUCUCGUUUAAGGCACAAACAAAUUUUACUUGGGUGGUUACGUCGCUUUUCAUGGAAUGGCACUAAAGUGCCACAUUGAAGAUUAUAUGAUCAUAUCCGUAUGAUGUUUCUCCAUGGCGGAUAUAGGCCCUGGCUUAAGAGCUGCACCCACCCCUGCUCAGCCCAAAGAUACGUUCAUGAGCUGGAAUAAACGCGUGUCAGUUUCAUGCAAUAUUAGUCAUAGUGUACACCCUUAUCAAAUCAUUUAAUGCUGUCAUCCGGUUGUUGAGCACCGUGUGUAUUUGAGUUUAUUUAUACUAGCCACCGGUUUCCUGUAUGGACAAGUCCUCCAGAAAGGUAUUAGUCUUUUUACAUUUUGGAGGACACAGUUAAAGAAAAACUACCUAAUUCCAGAAGUUUCUCCUCGUUCUUUAACGUGCCAAGUGCUUUAGCACUCAUUCACUGUACCUGAAUUUAAAAUCUCAUCCGAAGGACUGAUUAGUAAUUUUAGCUGGCCAGCCCGGGAAUCGAACCCCCAAUAACGAGAUUACAAGUCUUGUGCUCUAACCGAUUGAGUUAUGUGGGCUGGUCACCUGCAUUGGCAUUAAUAUUUCAUAUUUCAGACUGCCUUGAAUAAAUUUAAAUUGUAAUUACCUCUUAAAUAUCUAAAGCAUUUAAUAGAUUCAUUGAUAAAAUAAAAUGCUUAUCAAAUAUAAGUGUUUUAUUUUUUAUCUUUUGUAGAAUAAAAAGCAGUAUUUCAAAUAAUACAUUUACUUUUGUAAAUUUGGUUAUUUGUGAAGUAAAUUGACUGUUUAUAUAAAAUAUAAUUUCAGACACUACAGUACUGCAGUACAUUGGUGAGAUCUAUAUUCUUUAUUUCAAUUUCACCAAUGUAGACAAAUAAAACUCGAAUAGUAGUAUCAAGAAAUAAAUUGCCACUCAUAAGAUGAGGACGUCUAUUACAUUUUUGUCACAUGCACAAAAUCCUGGCCCAAUCUUCAAAAACAGGCGCUUUUCGUCUGGCCAAUAGUUUUUGUCUAAAUCUUCCACCGACAUGUUAGCCCAAAACCCCACCAGCUAACCCUGUCCUGUCUGCCCCUGUUUCUUAAUUAGAAAUUUCAGCAUUUAAAUGUUGAAUACUGCUUAAGUCGGUGCAAGAGAGCGUGAACAGUAGCUUGCACUUUCCAGUACUGUCCAUCUGGUACAGAAUAUAACUGGUAUUUUUUUGGUCUGUCCUAGUUUCCAUAAAUGGGUUCAAUCAAACCACGGAUUUAUACAAUAUAAAUUCGUGAUCAAACCAAGCGUGCAACAUUUUUGACUUUCUAUUUUCUCUUUGUUAGCAUGCAUGCCUUACAUUUGUUUUGCCUAGAAGUAAAAUAUGUCGGCAAACAAAGUUUUAUUUAUAGGUCGCUCACGGAAUAGUAAAAAAACACCACCACAAAAAAUGCUGAUUUACGGUAUCAGGAUGUCACGUGACGGUGUAAUGACUCAUGUGACUUAAUUGUAAGUCAUGUGAUAUCAAAUUAUUACAAAAAAUGGCGGCUUGCAAGACGGGAGUAAUUUUAUCGGCACUGGCUUUCUUUGGAAUAUGCUAUGGUUUACCUAGCAAAGUAAAAGUGAAAGAAGAUCCACCAGUAUGGGGUGAGGUCUACAGUGUUCAGGGUAUGCUACAGCUUCUAUAUGCAGAAAUCAACGAACCUUUCUCUAGUUGGUAUGACUCAACAAAGAAAAGGAGUAGGAUUGACUACUAUGGAGGUAUGGUCAUGACUAUACAAAGAGCAGACCUUGGUCAGUAUGGGGAGGGUUAUAAAGUCGUCCCACUGUCAACGUACAAAGUACGAACUUGAUGAGCUGUUUCAAGAUGCCAGGAUUCUCUGAGGCUCCUGUAGACAUACAGGUCACACUCCCAGAUCUUACUGGAUUUCAGAAUAUGUUAAGACAAAUAUCAAGUCCGACGAGCUCCAGGUUGACUGCAGUGUCCCAAGUGACGGUGAAUAUGCCUUAGUAAUGAAAGCCAAAGACAGCAAGGAACCAGAAUUUAAGACAAUCUGCAACUAUCUCCUAACAACAUUAGAAAACGAGGAAAAAAUGUCCGACGAAUACUACGAUUCUUCCGACGGUACCUCAGAUAUUGAUGAGAAAAUCGACCAACUGGAGACAACUUUACAAGCAUUAACCGCUGAGAGGGAUAGACUUAAACAAGAAGCGUCGAGGCAAUAAAUGUGUCCAGGAAUCGCCUUAACUAACACAUGCAAGAACAUUUUAAGUUUUAAACAUGCAAAAGGUGUUUACCGUUUUUGUUUUAUAUCAAAAUAAUAACACUUUAGUGUUGUUAUAUUUUUCUGCACCUUCGGGAUCAUUGAUGCCAGCACUAUUAAGUGUUCAGAAUUGAGAACCGCUCAAGCCGGUGCUAGGGGGCGUGAGGGA